AUGGCUUCUAAGUACUUUUAUAAUGCGUACAAAGAUGGUGGAGUUGCUUUGGAAGAUCAGUUGUUACACUAUGUUUCUAUGACUUUGAGUCAGGCUAGCAAUGCUCAAGUUAAGACAUUUGUUACUCGGAAGGAAGUCAAGUCUCUUACAUUUCCUAUGGGUACUUUUAAAGCUCCAAGGCUAGAUGGCUUCCCCUCAACUUUCUUUUCGGAAUUUUGGGAUAUUGGUACCGUGGGGCCCCUUGCCACACUGCAGGCCCCUGGUACAGCUGUCGCUAUCAAUACAGGCCUGGGCCCCACCACCUACCAGCCUUCGGCCGCCACCGACGCCCUCCGGUCGGUGCCGGUGCCCUUUGGCCCCUAUCAGCCUGCCACUGGCCCCGCCUUCCCGGCCCCCACUAUCACCCAUAGUGCCUACUCCUCGUCGGCCCCACUGCCCAUAGCGCCUGCUAAACCUACCGGCCCUGCCACCUAUAGCUCCUCGCCUGCCCCUGCUGGCCGCCAUGGCUCUGCUUGCCGGAAACCACAACCCUUGACAGAAACAACUGCUCGGCCACCGCUGCACCACCCAACCACCACCACUGCACCGCCCACAGGCUACCUCCGCCUGCCCCAGCCACCAAACUACCCCUUCCUCUUGUUUUGA